ACCAGGUCUACAGAUUCCCUUUCAGCUCACAAAAUGGACCAAAAUAUAAUCUCCACUAACAUAUGAAAUGCAAAAUAACAUCGUAUACAGGGUGUAACAUGGCCAUUUAGAGUGAUGGGCGCCAAUUUCUAAAAGGAGAUUUAUCAAGACCUGUGCAAAAGAAAAUUUUCCAAGUUGCUCAUAAUAACCAAUCAGAAAAGCGCUCUGCUCCACAUCCAAACCUCUGAGGAGUAACCGAGACCAGAAUAAAAGAGAGAUGAAGCUGAGUGUCGUGAAGCUCCUGAUGCUGACAAUAAUCCAGGGGCAGAUAGCUGUCAUCUACUCCGUCCCCAACAAUGACAAUGAAGACAGUGAUAACAAUCCUGUGAAUGCCGUCCUCGAUGAAGAAGAUUUACCUGACAUCCCAAACCCAGUUCAAGCCUUUGUGCCUGCUGACAUUGUCAAUGGAAGAAAAAGAAGGGCUAUACGAAAACGAUCAGCAACUGGAAGAUCAGUGAAUAUCCCUAGUGAAGUUGUUCAGAAGAUGGCUAAUGUCCCAAUUUCAGCUUUGUCCACCGAUCUUCCAGAAAACCGUAAAGAAAUUCUUGACGCUCACAAUUAUUUCAGAGGCAAAGCUGAACCUACUGCAAGUAAUAUGCUGAAGUUGGUGUGGAGUCCAGAAGCUGCAAAAACAUCUCAAUCCUGGGCCCAACAGUGCAUACUGGGGCAUAGUCCUCAAGAUAACAGAAAGAUUACAGGUUUUAAUUGCGGAGAAAACAUAUUCUUCUUUGACUAUAUGGUCCCCUGGAAGACUGUAAUAGAAUCUUGGUACAGUGAAAAUGUUGACUUUAAGUAUGGACAUGGGGCCACAUCAGAUGCUGAGAUCGGCCACUUCACACAGGUGAUGUGGGCGAGUUCCUCAGCAGUUGGGUGUGGUAUGGCUGAAUGCAAAAACGGCCCUGCGAAAUACAACUUUGUGUGCCACUAUGCUCCGUCUGGAAACAAAGGCUCCAGAGCUAAACCCUGGAAACAAGGAAAGCCAUGUGGGGACUGUCCCAACUCGUGUGAAAACAAUCUCUGCACAAAUCCUUGUGGAUAUCAAGACUUCUUUAACAACUGUGUAGACUUUAAAAACUCCUGUGUGAGUGACUCGUCUAUGAAGAGUAAAAAGUGCCCCGCUACCUGCCAAUGCAUAAACGGAGAAAUAAAAUAAGUACUGCUCCAGCAUCGCUAACCAAGGAGAUUGCGCCCCCUAUCAGUUUAGACAGUUACAAAAUUAUUAAUCAAACGUUUAUUUUACUAUUCAUUUAUGCAUUAACGUUAUAAAGGGUAUUUUAUAUUUUGCUAUAAAGAUGCAGAAAUUCUUUUAUUAAUCCUAAAUGAAAGUGACAGUCACCAUAACCAAUCUACUAGUACAAUAAAAUACAUUUUUAG